AUGCGGCAGACAGGGUAUGGCCUGGAUAUCACAGUGCCACAGUGGCCAAUGCGAGAAAGGAAGUCCUUCAGAGCCCAGGAUAUCCCGCAGCCAAAGCCACAUUUGAAGUUGGAGGCCAAGCCCACAGCUGUGCCAGAGGUACCUUUGCCACCGUCAGACGGCAUUGAAGUUAUUGAAGAGGAGUACGACUACCCGGAGAAGGAUGCUGAUGCUGCAGAAGGCUGGAUUGACAUGAGAGGUGAAUUCCAGUCAUACUGA